AAAUUAAAAUUUGCAAGUAUAAUUGAAGUAAGUGCAAUAGUAAGUAAUUUCUCUGAAUUACGAGAAGGAUAUAAGUCAUUACGCAAUGCGACUAUGUAGUUGUAAGAUAGCAAGUAUCUAGAGGAAAUAUAUAUAUAUAUAUAUAAAUCAUUCGCUUUUAAUCGUUAUUUAUACCUUUAUACGUGUUGUUGAACUACAUACAGUUAAAAAUAUGAAUAUUAAAUUAGCCAGCACAAUUAUUUUAAUACUUUGCAUGUAUUCGGAUGCUCAAGGGGUAGACUGUAAUCUACCUUCAGAAACUGGACCGUGUAAAGCAGCCUUUCGUCAAUAUUAUCAUAAUAGUGAAAGUGGAAACUGCGAAAUUUUCAUUUAUGGUGGUUGUCGUGGGAACAGCAACAGAUUUGUCAGUUUAGAAGAGUGUUGUAGUCAUUGUUCUGCAAAAAACUGUUAGUUAAUGUGAAUGAAAUUUAUCAAGAUGAUUAAUGUUAUAUUUAUUUGUUAGAAACAAAUAAGUAUUUUAUGACGUUCACAAUUUAUUACUUG